UAUGUAGCUGUUCCGUGCUGAGAUAUUUGUGAUUGGAACGGUGCAGAGGUUCAUAGCGUCUCAACACUCAACUCGCGAUUCACACACAGCCUCUGCUUUCUGAGCAACGCCCACCAUGCAGGCCAGUGAUAGGUUUAACAUCAAUUCCCAACUUGAGCAUCUCCAAGCCAAAUAUGUUGGAACUGGCCAUGCCGAUUUGAACAGAUUUGAGUGGGCAGUGAACAUUCAACGUGAUAGCUAUGCAUCGUAUAUUGGCCACUACCCUUUACUGGGAUACUUUGCUAUCGCUGAAAAUGAAUCUAUUGGCAGAGAACGUUAUAGCUUUAUGCAGAAAAUGCUCCUGCCUUGUGGUUUGCCUCCGGAAAGAGAAGAAGAUUAAGAGUUGCCAUCUGGAUUACAAAUCGAUCACACAGUACAUAUAGCAUUUGACAGUUUGUUGUACCGUGUUAUCUGAUUCAGGAAACAGAUGGUUGUGUGACCUUAAUUAGAGAUUGUAACAUUUUCUUUAGUUUGUGGAUGCUUGAGCUUUAGUUGUUAUGGAGCUUGAAAAAUUAGUUCAAGAGAUAUCAAGUUUAGUUUAUUCUUAAAUCUUAAUGUUGUCAGUUUCCUGAAUUAUGGCCUUUUAAAUUGAAUGUAGCUUGUAUUUGCAUCGAAGAAAAAUGUGACUCGCAAAUCUUAAA